CACUCCCACAUCCCACAUCAAAAUGCAGCAUCAAUUCGAGCCAUUGAAGAACGACCUCUUGCUGAGGGCAGCUAGGGGCGAGAAAGUCCAGCGUCCUCCGAUAUGGGUUAUGCGGCAAGCUGGCCGUUACCUCCCAGAGUACCAUGAAGCCAAGGCUGGCCGCGACUUUUUCGAAUGCUGCCGCGACCCCGAAGUCGCAUCGACGUUGACGCUCCAGCCCAUCGACCGCUACGCCGGACUCAUCGAUGCCGCUAUUAUCUUCUCCGAUAUUCUGGUCAUUCCCCAGGCCAUGGGAAUGCAGGUUGAGAUGGUCGACAAGAAGGGUCCCCAUUUCCCCGAACCGCUCCAGUCGCCCGAUGACGGACAGUACGAGAAAGUGAUGCAGAAGGAGGUGGAUGUCAAGUCGGAGCUCGACUACGUCUACAAGGCUAUUACCCUCACCCGCCACAAGCUGCAGGGUCGUGUGCCGUUGAUCGGCUUUUGCGGUGCCCCGUGGACUCUGCUGUGCUACAUGGUGGAGGGAGGCGGCACGAAGCUGUUCGUCCAGUCGAAGAAGUGGAUCUACAAGUACCCCAAGGAGUCGCAGGCUCUCCUGCAGAAGAUCGCCGAGAUCUGUGUCGAAUACCUGGCGCUUCAGGUUGCUGCUGGUGCUCAGCUGGUACAGGUCUUCGACUCCUGGGCGGGUGAGCUGUCUCCGGCCGCCUUCAAGUCGUUCUCUCUUCCCUACUUGCGUCACAUUUCGGCGAAUCUGCCUAAGAAGUUGAAGGAGAUGGGACUGGAGCCUGUCCCGAUGACUGUCUUCGCGAAGGGUGCGUGGUUCGGUCUUGAGGAUCUCUGCGAGUCGGGCUACAACGUUGUUGGCUUGGACUGGCUGCAUGACCCCGCUGAGGCUAGACGCAUUGCCAACGGUCGUGUGACGAUCCAGGGUAACGCUGACCCCGGUGUUCUCUAUGGAGGUCGCGAGGCUAUCACCGAGGCUGUGGAGACUAUGGCUCGGGGCUUCGAGAAGGGCAAGCAAGGCUGGAUCGCCAACUUGGGUCACGGUGUGACUCCUUUCGUCAACCCGGAUGAUCUCAAGUUCUUCUUCGAGGAGAUCCACCGUCUGACGGUGUAGAUUGGGGCUCAAUGCGACCAGAACUAGCUUCCAAUUCUUGAUUAUGUACAUGAGAGCCUAGCCAGCAAUAUCAUUGACACCUUCACGAAAUUCCAAAGCUC